AUGCACCUAUCAAAUACCGCUGUCCUCCUGCUUGGAGCCCUCCAACCAGCUUUGGGCGCACGCACCUUUGACACCAUCGGAGACGUGAACGAGGUCGAGUCCCAGUACAUCACCACUGACCAGACUGUCAUCAAUUAUCACGCGCCAAACCACGGAUGCGGCGGCUACAGGGCCUGGGUGGGCAUCUGGCCUGCCGACGUCUGCGAUUAUUUCGGCGAUUACAAGGCAUGGGAUUGGGUCGAAUCCACCAGGGGUUUUGGUUACGACUUCAACACGGUCAAGUUUAGCAACAACGAGAUUGGCGUCGGCAAGUUCAAGGCCGCCUUUGUCUGCGAGGACGGCCGAAGACAGCCGUGGUUGGUCUCCCAGCCAUUCACCAUCGACGAGGCGCCCGAAGCCGCACCUGGCCAGUGUGUGUACCGAGCCUCCAAACGGAACCCCGAAUGGAAAACGAGACAGUGCGACGGACUCGACGGUCUCUGUGCCUUUUGCCGUGAUCCACCCGCCGAUUGUGACAAUUGCGAUGCAUGCAAGUCGCAGUGUGGGCUAGCCAACUAA